CGCAGAGACAGAUCAGUGGAAGAAACAGUGUACACCAGUAGUGGUUUUAUCGUGGGCAUAUGAAAAUGGAUCUUUCCCAAUAUCGAAAAGCUUUAAUUUACGUUUUGACUUUCCUCGCUUACGCGUGGUCAGGCUAUGGAGCUGGUUUACUAUCCAACUUAAGGGACGCUGUAUUAUCAGCAGAAUCGGUAUUUCAAGAUUUAUUUGAAAAUGCAAUCACUGUAGCUAGAAAAAUUAAGGACAUACACGAGGUAUUUGACGCAGCAGUGGAAGAAAACUGUGUUUUUCAAUGUCCAGGAGGAAUAACGCCGAAACCGGAUUGGAAUCAUAAGGCGCAAAGUAACGGAUGCGGUUCUCUGGGAAUCGAAAUAAAUCAAGAGUACCUGCCACUCGCAGAAAUGACAAAAUGUUGCGACGCCCAUGACAUCUGUUACGAUACUUGCAACUCUGAUAAGGAGAAAUGUGAUUUGGAGUUUAAGAGAUGCUUGUAUAGAUAUUGCGACGGGUAUCAAUCAUCCGCCAUAAUGAAUACGUGUAAAGCUGCGGCGAAAAUGCUUUUCACGGGUACGACUGCUUUAGGAUGCAAGAGUUAUAUCGACGCACAAAAGGAGGCUUGUUAUUGCGGAGAUAAGUGGAAUAAGAAUAAGAAGCCGAAAAAAGCUGCUCAAGCUGGCGGAGAAUUAUAAGAAGAAUCA